AUGAAUAAUCAAAUAGAAGAAGAAGCACCUGCAGAAGUGCGCUCAGGAAGGAAUAAUACCGGUGACAGUGGGGUAAAGGGAAGGAGUUAUCACCCCUCUCACUAUUCUCUUCAACCCCGUGGUGAGAAUUUUAACGAUAAAUUUAAAUUCGCACAAGAGGGGGAGAAAACAAAUAUGUCAUUAAGUGCAAACGGGAGUCAAGUCACCACGAGCAGCAGUCACAACAACAGCUGCGAAAAUGCGAAUAUGAAUAGGAACACAAGUAGUAGUUCAAAAAAUGUGGGAAACGCCUACCGUGGCGAACCAACCGGAGCGUGUGAAAGGAGUAACCAACAGUCUAAUGCCCCUAAUGGGGAUCCAGUUAACCAUCUAGGGGGUCACCCCAAUUUAGGUGAACCAAGUGAGAGGGCGGAGGAUAAUCCCCCCCACGCGCAGUACCAUCAUUCAGGAAGUACCAAUAGGAAUGACCAAAUGAUGGACAGCAAUAAAAAUGGUCCAGUCAAUGUUAUAUAUAAUUAUACCAACCCAAGUGGACAACACGACAGGAAUAACAUUCGUAGUGACGUUCCCAUGGGUGUGCAUGUUCAUAGUCAGCCGAAUGAGGGGAAUGUAUACAGGACAACCACAUGGCAGAGUAAACAGGGGAACAGUACAAUUUCUCCUGCAAAUGAGAAUAACGCGGUUACUGCUCCGUGUAGUAAUGAUCAGCCGCUGUCUGCACAGAAUGCUCAGCAGCUAAGUGCAUCCAGCGCAGCAGAAUCGGGGCACGUCAUUCAAGCGGGUUCUAACUUAGCUAGCUACACUCGAAGUGAUAACAUAUUGCAUGGGGCAAAUAACCCCCUGUGUAAUACAAGUGAUGCACAACGAAAUGCUAUGCACGUUAAUUCGGUGAGAGGUGCCCCAAAUGAUAAAACCACUUUUGAUAGGGCCAAUGAAAGGACGUAUCAAAUCUAUGGGAGUAGCCACGGCGGAUCCCCCAAUGCAGCAUCUGCUGGUGUUCCUUCCAACAGUUUGGGCAGCCAGGCGGAUAGUGGCCACGUUAGUCUGGUGCAGCAGGACGCGCGCGGCGUAUGGGGCGGCGGGCCGCACAGUAAUGCUACAUAUAGUAGUGCUGCGUAUAGCAACGCUGCGUAUAGCAACGCUGGGUAUACUAACCCGCCAUAUAGUAAUACUUCAUAUAGUAACUCUCCGUAUAGUAACCCUCCAUAUAGCAAUCCUCCAUAUAGUAAUACCCCAUAUAGUAACCCCCCCUAUAGUAAUGCCCCCCUUAGCAGCACGAAGGAGCAGCACAGUGUGUACCAACCCAGCGGUAAUUUGCCCACCGCUAAUCAACCGAAUACGCAGAACUUUCAUGGCGCCCACGCAAGCAACGUUGGGAACCCGUUUGGCAGUGGACCAUUCGGGAGUGCGUCAUAUGGAGGGAGUCCUGCCACAAUUGCUAACCCAAGGGGGAGUGAAAAAAGGGAAGAUCAUCAAGAUGGUGGGACGAACAGACAGAAGUAUGAACAGUCAGAUGAAGAAUCAGUGGAAAGUUCAAGUUCCGAAAAUUCAAGUGAAGACGAAAAUGAGGUAACAGAUAAAGGAGAAGAAAUAUACACGCUGAUAAAAAAAACGAUUAAUCGUAUAGACAUGAACAAAAUACCAAGACCUAUAAUAAACUAUCAGGAGAAAAAAAAAAAAAAAAAUUUAAAAGUAUUCGAAACGUGUAAGUAUAUUUCCCCCCCGUCGUAUUAUCAACCGUACAUAUCGAUCGACACGGGGAAAGCAGACCCCAGAUUUUUGAAAAGCACCUUGUAUCAGAUUCCGUUAUUUUCCGAGACGUUAAAGUUGUCUCAGAUUCCCUUUGGAAUUAUAGUAAAUCCUUUUGCAUCCCUAAACGAGGGGGAAAAGGUAGACCAAAUCGAUAUGAAGGAUAUCAUUAACGAUAAGGAAGAGAAUGUAGAAAUAUUGAGGUGUCCAAAAUGUCUAAGUUAUUUGCAUGCAACUAUAUUGGAGGAUAUUUCUAGCACAGUACAAUGUGUCUUUUGCGACACGGAUUUUCUGAUCAAUGAAAAUGUACUGUUCGAUAUAUACCAGUAUAAUGAGAAGAUAGGACAGAGGGAGAGUAACCAGCAUGGGAAUUCUCUUUCCCCUUUGUUGAAGGGUAGUGUCGAUAUUAUGAUCCCCCCCAUUUAUUACCAUAACGUUAAUAAGUUUAAAUUGACGUAUACCUCUUUGAAUAAAAAUAUUAACCAAACGGCGUCCAUGAUUACGAAUAAGAUUAUGUCUCUAACGAAGCACAUUUCUAGUUCGCUAGUUGCAGGUGAUUCGAAAGGGGCUAAUAAACCCACAACCGCGAAUGCUUUUGGUGACGCAGCGGAGGCAACUUUUUUUUCAGGUGGUUAUACCAAUUAUGGAGGCAUGGGAGGUUACAACACGUAUGAAAACCAAAGCGGUUACAACAAUAAUGGCGUAGUUAACAACCGAGUGGGCACUAACCCAGCCAAUCACCCCUAUGGGAAUGAUCAGCCUAUGCAAAAUUUGGAUAACGUGACGGACAAUGCGAAUCUUACCCUGCAUGAUAUGAAAAAUUUGUUAUUCGAAAAAAGUGGAGAACCGGAUAUCACCAAAAUGAGAAGAAAUUCUUUGCUGGCGAAGUACCCUCAGGUAAAGAAUAUGUUGUCGCCAUAUUUUGUCUUCGUUGUGGAGUGCUCCUAUAAUGCCAUUUAUAACAACAUAACGUAUACCAUCCUGGAGGGCAUUAGAUACGCCGUGCAGAAUGUGAAAUGCCCUCGGACGAAAAUUGCCAUCAUUACGUUUAACAGUUCGAUUUAUUUUUACCACUGCAAGAGGGGCGAGCAGGAAGGGGGGGGUAGCACCGGUCGGGGUGGUAGCAGCAAAAGUGGUAACCACCAGGUGAUCGUGAUGAGCGACGUGGAUGACCCGUUUCUGCCCCUUCCGCUGGAGGACCUCUUCUUCGGGUGCGUCGAAGAGAUAGACAAAAUUAACACUUUAAUAGAUACGAUCAAAUCGGUGAGCACAACAAUGCAGUCGUACGGAUCCUGCGGAAACAGCGCACUGAAAGUUGCCAUGGACAUGCUGAAGGAGCGAAACGGGGUGGGUAGCAUAUGCAUGUUCUACACCACGACCCCCAAUUGUGGGUUAGGUUCCAUUAAGGAACUGAAAAAGGACUUGCAAGAAAAUUUUAUGGAGGUGAAACAGAAAAUAUUUUACGAUUCGCUACUUCUGGAUUUAUACGCAUACAACAUCAGUGUAGACAUUUUCAUCAUUUCGUCAAAUAAUGUGCGUGUGUGUGUUCCGUCUCUACAAUAUGUUGCGCAAAACACGGGGGGCAAGAUACUGUUUGUAGAAAAUUUCCUAUGGCAGAAGGAUUACAAGGAGAUAUACAUGAGCAUAAUGGACACACUAACGUCUGAAGAUAUUGGAUACUGUUGUGAGUUGAAGUUAAGAUAUUCACACCACAUGUCGGUGAAGAAGUUGUUCUGUUGUAACAACAAUUUUAAUUCUAUUAUCAGUGUCGACACGAUUAGGAUUCCCAAGAUUCGCCAUGACCAGACGUUUGCCUUUUUACUCAACUACUCGGACAUAUCAGAGAGCAAAAAACAAAUUUAUUUCCAGUGCGCUUGUAUGUAUACCAACCUGUGGGGUGAUCGCUUUGUUCGUCUUCACACGACGCACAUGAAUUUGACCUCGUCCCUAAGUACCGUCUUUAGGUACACCGACGCAGAGGCCUUAAUGAACAUCCUCAUUAAGCAGCUCUGCACCAACAUCCUCCAUAAUGAUAAUUACUCCAAAAUCAUCAUCGAUAAUUUGGCGGCCAUUUUGUUCUCCUACCGGAUAAAUUGCGCCUCAUCGGCCCACUCGGGCCAGCUAAUCCUCCCGGACACGCUAAAGUUACUUCCGCUCUUUACCUCCUCUCUUCUAAAACACAAUGUCACGAAGAAGGAAAUCUUACAUGACCUCAAGGUGUACAGUUUGAUAAAGCUCCUCUCCAUGCCGAUCAUAUCUUCCCUCUUGUACGUAUACCCAGUAACGUAUGUAAUUCACAUAAAGGGUAAAACGAACGAGAUAGAUUCGAUGGAUGUGGACGACGAUCUGUUUAUUCCCAAAACGAUACCAUCCAGUGCGGAGAAAAUUUACUCCAAUGGGAUUUACCUGCUCGAUGCCUGCACCCACUUUUACCUUUACUUUGGGUUUCACUCCGACGCAAAUUUCGCCAAGGAGAUUGUUGGAGACACCCCGACGGAGAAAAACGCCCAUGAACUGAACCUGACGGAUACCCACAACGCACAAAAAGUUCAGCGUAUCAUUAAGAACCUGACCAGGUUUCAUCACUUCGACAAGUAUGUCCCCCUGGUGAUGGUUGCCCCCAAGUCCAACCUUGAGGAACACCUCAUAUCUUUGUGCGUUGAAGACAAAGCCGACAAGGAAUACAGCUACGUGAACUUCUUAUGUUUUAUUCACAAAUUGGUUCACAAAAGGAUUGAUGAGUCGUGA